UACUGAAUAAAAGGUUUAUUACUUCACUAAUAUUCAUUCAUCAGAGCGGUUUCCUGAAAUGUUACAACUUUCCUGAAAUGUGUAAAAACCCCUGUAUAGAAAGCAGUGUUUCUUGAAUAGAUUUCCUGUUAUAAAUUUCUGGUUUUUAUAUAAACAACACGCAACAGCGCCUCCUGCUGAAUAUCAGCCUUUAUCUCGUUCCGCCAUACAGACAGCGGGUGGAGGGUUUCGUCCUGAAUCGAUACACGGUCCCUACGCAGGCGCACUAAAGAGCGCGUGGUCGGGGCGCGAGACAGACACUACUGAGGGCACUUCGGAACCGCGACGCCGUGUUUUAUCGCUGACCGCUAAAUGCGGAAGAAGGAGACUAAAGGAGGUACGAGGGCGACGCCUGCUGAGAGACAGAGAGUUUCCUGGGGUCUGUCCAUGGUUCAUGUCGGCGGAUUGGGGCUGCGAGAAAUGGAUUUGGAGGAUCUAUUCGACGAGAGGACGUUCCUUUUCUCCGACUUCCAGGAGUUUACGUUUGUCCCUGGACAUCGGAGACUGUCUGAGCGUGUGAGAAAGCGUCUGUACUAUGGUCUGGAUCAAGACUCGUCUCUGGACGCUCUUUCCUGUCCUGUGACCGAUAUCGCUGUGGAACUCCUCCAGAAGUCAGCCCCGAGUCCGAUACGAAAACUCCGCAAGAAAUACGCAGCCCAUGUCGCCAGAGAAGCAUGUAUCUCCCCCUGUGCUAUGAUGCUCGCCCUGGUUUACAUCGAAAGACUCCGACACAGAAACCCUGAAUACAUGCAGCAGAUCUCCUCUUCUGACCUCUUCCUGAUCUCCAUGAUGGUUGCCAGUAAAUAUCUGUAUGACGAAGGCGAAGAGGAGGAAGUUUUCAACGACGAAUGGGGUGCCGCCGGAAAGCUGGACGUCCAGACGGUCAACACACUGGAGCUGAAUUUCCUCAGCGCCAUCGACUGGCACCUGUUCGCUGAGCCCAGUGAGGUCUUUAAUGUGCUCAGACAACUGGAAACCUGCAUUGCGGAGCGGCAGGGAAUGAAGCGUGGGUGGUACACGUACACGGACCUGUGUGUGCUUCUGGAGCAGGCCAGCUGGAGGAACGCGCUCGCCGCCGUCUACCAACAGUUCACCAAGGUCACGUGUAUGAUCGGUCUCCUGUACCUCACAAGCGUCACCGGUCUCCUCGCCACCUCCGCCGCUCUCCACCAGCUCAACCUCCCGAACGCCGACCCCGUAAACACCUCCCUCUUCCGUCCCGACGCCUCGGCGUCCACCUCCAUUCUCCAUCCUCGCUGCAGCAUCCUCACCAACACCACGCAGAAACCCGAACACUCCCCGGACCUGCACCAGCACCAGCACCGCCACGCCUCGAGCUCUGAUCCUCUCCUCCAUCCCAACCCCGGCCUCUCUAUCUGGAACGCCCUGCUCUCCGCUCUCGUUCGUUCAGACGCCCGGCUCUCGGAGCUCCGUGUUUGCCGAGCUCAGAACCUCACCUCGUUCACCUGGUUCUCCUCCCCGGAUCUCCUCCCUCACGCACACCCGAGUCCGCUGGUCACAUUUCAGAGACACGGCUGUUGCCCCGAAACCACAAUGCCUCAUGGGAAGGCACAGGUUCUCCUCAUACCCACUUAGAAAUCAGCUCACGUUUAUCUUGUGUUUAUUUUUUCCUGUGGGAUUUUAUAUAUUUAACACCUUUUAUAAAGAUAAAAGCACUUUGAUCCAAUGGCAGAAAGGAUACGUGAGGGUGAAGUGAUAAAUAAAUAAAUAUACGUCGCAUAUAGAUAAUAAAAUUAUAUAAAUUACAAAUUAUUGAAAUGGUUCAGAACUUCCAAAAAAGAAAAAAAAAAAAAAAAAAGCACUCGGGUUGCCAGAGUACUCUCAAAACCCCCUUUUUUUGUUCACAAUUCAAAGCACUGAUAUAAAAGCUAAGACAUAUUUUUGCAUUUGCACCAAGAGUAUAAAGAUCCAGAUUUUUGGUUUGUUUAAGAAAAAUAAAAUAAAAAGUUCCAAAAUGGUGUAGAAUUUGGCAGCUGAAUUUUUAUAUCCAAUUCAAGAAAACCGAUGAGAGAACCGAUGAUGAUGGUGGUUUGGUUUGUCGUUGGUCUUUAAUCCUGUAACGCUCUUGAGGUGAGACUACCUGUGAAAGUGUCGUUGCACAAGUGUGCAAAUUUUUGACUAUUGUUUUUUUGCUUGUUUUUUUUAAAAAGACAAUCCGGGCGUGGUUAUGGUUUGAAGGAGCUGUGUGAGCUUCAUGGUGUGUUCUUGCAGUGUUUUUUUUUUUUUUUUUUUUCCCCCCCUUCUUCAAUUCACAAAGCCCUUUAAUAACUCAAUAACACGGACUGGUAAGUGUUAAGUGAAAGAAGGGAUUCCUGAUGAACUCUAAAGAGAUCAUCCGGUGGAUUCGCGAAGAAGAAGGGAGAGAAAUGCCACGCCCUUUUUAGCUUGUUUUCUAAUAGCCUACAGCGAGUGUUGAGUGCAAAGCUGAACAAUACUGACCUCUAGGAGUAGGAUGUUACAUUUAUACCACAGCUCUCAGUUCUUGAGAUCGCAAUUAGAAGGUGAUUUAUCACGGCAGCCCUGACAGCGCUAUCGUUUCUAUAGUAACAGGAUUUGUACGCCGGACGCUGUAUGUUAGCUAAUAACGCCGCGCCAUUCGUUUUUAACAAGGACAAGCGUGUAAUGCACGUUUUCUGUAAGGAGACGGGAACAAACGAGUCUCCGGUGUUUACGCUUUUUGCUUUUCUGUAGCACGAGAAGACGAAGGGAUAACAAUCCAUCGAGGGAAGGAGUCUUCUAGAUUGUGUAACGUAGGUCACGAGAUCGUAACGUAACUACAGUAUAGACAGAUGUAAUAUUUCAAUCAUUUUACCUUUUUUAGUAGCUACAUCGUGAACGCGCCGACACGUGAGCUGUUGCGUUAAACCGAAGAAUGGCUUUGUACUAUUCUAUACCGAGAAGGUCGUUAAAAUGUUUUUUGUUUGUUUGCUUUGAUUUUGAACUAUUAUUCAGACCCGAAUGCAGGUUCUUCCUGUUUGUCAUACAGCUUGAAGAUGAAUAAAGGGUUUGUUUGGA